CGCCAGCACGAUGCAGCCGCCCCAAGGAUGUGGCCAACGCGCACAUCGAUGUGGGCAACAACACGUUGCUCAACACCCGCCUGCGCUACACCUGCAACCCGGGCUACAAGCGCAAAGCCGGUACCUCCAGCCUCAUCCAGUGCAUCCUCCGUGAUGGCUCCACCGAGCCCGACUGGACCCAGACCACGCUGCAAUGCAUCCGGGAUCCGGCUCUACGUCCACUAACCCCCAGCCCUGAGCUCCUGACCACGCCACGCACCGAGAGGACAACCCAAAGGGCUUUCAUCCAGAUCCUGGGCCCUUCCAUCGGGGUCCCGGUGGUGGUGGUUGUCAGUGUUGUGGCCUACUGCUACUGGAGGAUAAAAAUGCGCGUGGGGCAGUACUACACGGUGGCGGAGACGGCCAUCCCCAUGGUGGCUCCCAUUGCUGAGAAUGAGGAGAGGUUGCCGCCCGACGUCUUCCCCAUGGGCUGA